AUGUUACUUAAUGCCUUAGCGUUAGGUCUAAUUUUCAUAGCUCGUUUUUUCGUCACCAGUCAAGCUGCGGACAACUCUCACACGGGUAUCGAUGACGACUUUCCAGACCCACUCAAUGCCGCUCAGUUCGAUACGGAAAUGUCGAAGCACUUGCAUGUAGUGGAGUUUUAUAGCCCAUACUGUCAUCAUUGCAAAGCGCUUGCCCCUAUUUGGAAAAACGCUUGGAGAAACUUUCGGGACGAGGGGCGGAAAUUGAAUAUUUCAUUUGCACAAAUCAAUUGCGUGGAAAGCGGCGACUUAUGCCAUAGAGAAAGAAUAACAGCAUAUCCUGCCAUUAAGCUUUACGGUCCCAAUGGCUUCAUCAAAGAUUUCCCUCUGGCUCAGAAGCGAAAUUUGGAAACAUUAACGAAUUUCGCCCGUCAAGAGGCAAUGAAUGCCGACAAUUUCGAUACUGGGUUUCUAAAAAGUCAGAGUCACCUUUUGAAAGGCACUGAAUUUUUGAGUCUCCUAGCAGGAAAUGCUGAAGGCCCUCAUUUGGUGUCCUUCUGGCCUUCAAAAAAUUUGAUGACCACAGACGACAGCUCAAUUGAAUUUGAAAAUUGUGACGAUUGUCACAGUUUCCAAAACACCUGGACUGUUCUUUCCAAUAAAUUAAUCAGUGAGAAUUUCACUAUAAACCACCUGAAUUGCGAGUCCGAGAUGAAGAUUUGCAGGGAAUUGGGUUUUAGCGAUUUGACUGAAAUAACUAAUCACAGAGCUGAUCGAUCUCCACACGUCGUAUUAAUUGUACCCAAAAAAAAAGCUGGCAAUUUGUUUUACUACGAAGGAGACGAACACACCGUACGCGACUAUGAAGAUUUCGCGCGGCGGACAACAUUUAACGCUCAAGCACCAACAGUCAGCAAUGAUGUCCUCGGGCAACUAAUUUCCGAACCUUUCCAAAUGAAAAAAAGUCCUGGCUCUCCUGAUGGCAGCAUUCACAUCGUGUUCAGAUACGAACCAGACACCGUUGUUCAAGAGGAUUUUGAUAUUCUUGAACAUCUUAUUAAACCGGUUUCUAACAUACCGAACGCCUACCUACAUAAAAGCACGGAUGACUUACUAUCCUUUUCACAUGAAUUAUUCAAAAGCAUGUAUGGGCUCAUCAACUACAAUCCGGGGGAAGAGGCGAAGCUACCAAACGAAGAAUUUUUCAGCAUGAGCGCUAUAACUCAAUACCCUACAUUCUUUAUGUUCAAGCAGGGAAGCACUAUUCCAAACAUUUUUCAUGGCUAUUCGACCACAGAAAUGCGCGAUUUUGAUCUUAUUACAGAGUGGAUUGAGCAAGAUUCUCUACCAUUACUGAACGAGUUGACGCCCGUAACUUAUCUCAAAUUGCUCGAAUACCACCCAGAGCUAUAUCAUUUCAUGGCCAUUCAGCUGGUCAACACUUCAACCGAAGCCGAGCUUUCCAGAAGUUUAGAUUACAUUGAGAACUUCCGCUUGAGCGCUUUUGAUUAUGAAUCUAUCCGUAAUGACUACCUAAUGGAGACAGUUGCUGCUGAAAGAAAAACGAAAGAUGAAGCUGUUCGUGCAAUGAAGGCUAAACAUGCAGCUUCUGCUGAUAUCGUCAAGAAAAUGCGCGAUGAAAUUACGCAUGAGAAAGGUCAUAGGGUUUUAUUAACAUUCCUUGAUCUGUCGACUCACGAUUGGUUACUGGCUCAGGCUGGCCUGCAACCCAGUGACCGCAACUACAGAAACGGAGAAGUUCUCAUUGUUGAUAAGAAGUCUUGCUCUACGUACGUUGAGAGGGAUUCUUUGGGGGAAAUUUUGAGGGCAGACACGCCAUUUGCUGUGAAAGAUACAUUGUCGAGAUUGAGCUUUCCUUCAAGAUAUAACUCAGAUACCAUUGAGAGAGUUCAAAUUCAAGGUUCAAACCGUGUGCGGUUUUCCGUUAUCAGUUCAAUUUCUGAACAUGGCUUUGUAGGGUACGUCUUAAUUUUGGCGUUAAUUGUAUUUGCGGUUAGAGUGCCCAAAAUGUUGAGAAAGAUCUCCAACGCGCGCAAGUAUCGCAGCCGCAGAGAUACUACCGGAUUAUUAGGAAAGGAAAAGUCCAAGGAUUGA